AUGGCUUCGAAUACGAGUGAUGUCUUCUUGUAUAACCCGACCACCGGAGAAUCCAAGAGAAUACCGGACGUGCCUGAAUAUCUGCGUUCCAGUUCCAGUGUAACUUGGUCUUGGUUUAGUUAUGGUUUUGGUUUCGAUCCUCUGACCAAUGAUUACAAAGUGGUGAAGUUUAAUGUUGAUAAUGACAAUUAUGUCUACUCAUUGAAGAAAGAUUCGUGGAGGCGGAUAUGCAAUAUUCCUUGUAGAAGAGUCUAUUCCAGGACCUCUGUGGAACUCAACGGGGCGAUCCAUUGGAUUUCCCUGAUUAGUGGAGGAGAAUCUCCGAAAGUGGUUACGGCAUUUGACCUUAACACAGAGAAGUUACGACAUAUGCCAUUGCCUGAUUUGACCGAGGAAUGUGACCAUAUCUAUGGGGGAUAUACGGUGGGCACUGUCAAAGGGCGUCUCUGUGUCGUUAGCUGGUGCUUCGAGAUGCAUGAUGUUAUAUGGGUAAUGAACGAGUACGGUGUCGGGAGUUCAUGGAGUAAGAUUCGAAUCGGCGUUUCCUACUGCCAAGUCAUGAUACCAUUGUGUUCCACCAGGAACGAUGAGGAGGUUUUUCUACUUAUCAAUAAAGACUUGGUCCUGUACUAUUUUGAGCGUAAUACUUGGAGGAGUGUAAAAAUCCGCGGUGUUGAAUCCGGCAAGUUGCAACACGCAAAUACGUACGUGGAGAGCCUCAUAUCACCAAACUCUUACGGUUUACAGAGAUGA